UGAAGAACGCCUGGCGAAUAUUGACAGAACGUUUGAUCUGUUACGGACAAGGAGCAGGAAGUACACAGAAUGGUGCGCUUUAAAAAAAGGUAUUUGUUGGUGGAAAUUUCUUGUAAAGACGGCCAAGUUGAUGAGAGAAUUGAUGGAAGAGUAGUCUUUGACACUGUGAAGAAAGCCGUGAUCUCGGCUCAUGGAGAUUAUGGAAUGGCUUGUGUUGCUCGCUCAUUGCAAGUAAAGUAUUUAAACUCUGUCACUGGAGUGGCAUUUAUUGCAUGUGCCAGAGAUUAUUAUAGGAUGGUUUGGUCAGCAGUCACCUUCAUAAGAACCAUAACAAUAAAAAAUGAUGUUCAUCCAUGUGUGUUCCGCGUUCUUCAUGUUGGAGGUACAAUUCUCUCCUGUCAAAAGUUCCUAAUACGUCAUAAUAAAGACCAGCUCCUUCAGUUGUUGCAGAAUUGCAAAACACCAGUUGAAAGGAAAAAGGUAUUAAAGAUCAUAAAGAAAGCAGAGAAAGAGGAGAUUUCACUAUCUGUUUUUAAAGUGAAAAGGAAAACAACAGAAAAUAGAAGGAAAAAUUCUGACAUUGCAUGUGACGAUGAAGAGUUUGACUCAGAUUUUUGAAGAGAUAUGUGAUACAUUCUCCUUCCCAGUGGAGAGAAAUUUGUAAUUUAAAAAAGAGCCCAAAUCAAGUUAAUUCUGAGAAGACAGUUUUGCAAAGUUUGAUGCACAGAAGUGAAAAAAUUUUCAAACAAAAAAUUCUAGAAUAAAGCAAAUGUAUAUAGGUGAAGACCAAUACUAUUUUCCUCUCUAGCCAUCUUUGGAUUGCCUGUUUUAUAUACAUGAGUCUACUUCUUAGUCGGUGUAAGCAUCACUUUAGUUUUAUUUAAAACUUGCUGAAGCAUAUUGGUAUAAAAUUAUGUUCUCAGGAUCAUUCUAGUCUUUCAUCUCCUUCCUCUAUAUCCUUUAGACUGAUCAUUUCCAAUGUUCCUCGUCCCCUAGUUUCAGCCCUGAGAGUUUCAUCAAUUAUCCUGUAACAACCAGGAUCUAUGAGACAAACCUAGGAUAGAGAACAAAAAUUAAAUUGGAGAACAUGUUUAUUAUGACAGAGUGAUGAGAAAGGCAAGUGACAUGUCAGCAGCUAGUUGGCAAAAUCAAACACAUGUAAAAAAAAUUAUUGUAGUUUUACAGUGCAGUUACAGCUUUUCUCAGGGCUGGAAAUCCAUGUCAUACAGUGCAGUUUAUUUAAU